UAUAUUUGUGUUGUGAGUUGUGAGUGAGUUUGAGAGUGUUUUGUAAAUACGAGUGUAUUUCUUUUUCUCAAUAAAAUAUCUACAGUAUUUACUUCACUUUUAUAAAUCCAACUUCGUGAAAAAUUCAGCGUAUAUUUCCCAACAUCCGGAUAAAACCAAAUAGAACUAAAUUGCGUUUAGUGGAACGUUGCCCACCAGGCUUCAACUAAUCCACACAAACUUGAGCAGAACUGAAAACAACCGCCGAUGUCGACCAAGAUGCUAGCCUCACUCACCCACUCCCGGCCGCUAGCCUGCGCCGCCGCGUCGGCCUGCCUCUAUCCUACGCGUCUGGUGCCUCAUCCUCCGGACCUCAUCAAAUGGGUCAGGAGAGAAGGCGGGUUUGUUCACCACUCCGUAAAGAUUGCUUAUUUGAAGGACGCAAAACCCAACGGGCUCGGGCUAGGGUUAGGGCUUGUGGCCUCCGAGGAUAUUCCCAAAGGUUCUGACCUCAUUUCACUCCCCCACCAUAUUCCUCUUAGAUUUGAUGGAGAAUCCUCGACCUUGAUUGAAUUAGCUCAGCAUGUACCAGUAUUCAUGGAGUAUGACACAUUGGAUAAAUUCAGUUUGGUGGCAUUAGUGAGAUAUGAAGAGGAACUCUGGGCCAUGAAAUUGGGUUUAAAGCUUCUACAAGAAAGAGCAAAAAGUGGUUCCUUCUGGUGGCCAUACAUCAGCAAUCUUCCUGAAACUUUUACUGUACCCAUUUUCUUUCCGGGAGAGGAUAUCAAGAAUUUACAGUAUGCUCCCCUUCUUCAUCAGGUAAACAAGAGAUGCCGUUUUCUUCUUGAAUUUGAUAAAUUGAUGAAAAGGGAACUGGAAAAUGUAAAACUGGAUGACCACCCUUUUGGAGGACAAGAUAUUGAUGCGUCAGCACUCGGGUGGGCAAUGUCUGCUGUUUCAUCAAGAGCAUUUCGUUUAUACGGCAGCAAACAUGCAGAUGGGACCCCCGUUGAUGUCCCCAUGUUGCUUCCCCUAAUAGAUAUGUGCAACCACAGUUUCAUGUCCAAUGCUGAAAUCGUACAAGAAAAAGAAGCAAACAGUGAGGACAUGAUUGUGAAGGUCAUUGCUGCUACACAAAUUAAACAAAAUGAUCCUUUAGAACUCAAUUAUGGUUGCCUAAAUAAUGAUCUUUUUCUGCUGGAUUAUGGAUUUGUGGUCCCCACAAAUCCAUACGACUGCAUCGAACUCAAAUACGACCCGGCUCUUUUAGAUGCUGCCAGCAUGGCUGCGGGGGUUUCGGCCCCCAACUUCUCGGAGCCAUCACCAUGGCAGCAGCGAGUUCUGUACCAGUUGAAUUUAGACGGUGAAAAUUCUAAUCUCAAGGUGAGAGUCGGAGGAUCAGAGGUGGUGGAAGGCCGCCUGCUUGCCGCCCUAAGAGUCCUCCUAUCAAGUGACAAAGAAGCUGUCGAAAAGCAGGAUUUGGAUACUUUAAAGUCAAUAAAAUCGGAGGCUCCACUUGGGGUUUCAACUGAGGCUGCUGCUUUUCGCACGAUUAUCGCCCUUUGCAUGAUUGCACUUGGCCACUUUCCGACAAAAUUAAUGGAAGAUGAAUCAGUUUUGGAGAAGAAAGUCCCAAACACGACUCAACUGGCCGUAAAAUACAGGAUUCAGAAGAAGUCGGUCAUUAUUGAGGCCAUGCAGGAUAUUACAAGGAGAUUGAAGCCGCUUUUGUCGACUAAGUAGGUAAAUGAUUUUCUGAUGGAUGAGGAUUUUGGUGUUCGAGUGUUUUGCCUUUUGGUUCGGCUUAAGAAGAUCUUUGGUUCAAAACUUAUUGUUUUCAUCAUGUGAUGGGUCGUUUGGAUUUGUCCAUUUGGUUGAACAUUCAAAGAAUGUCGGAUUCUUUCAAAAACCAAAUCGAAAGCACUUCAAAUUGAAAAAAAAAAAAAUAUGAAUAAAUAAAAUUGUUGACUGAUUGAUUUUUGCCUAACCGAACAGAAAAAUA